AUGCCCGGCCGAACCGGCACUGGCAAAGGGCGCGCAGAGCUGCUGGCGGAGGUCGAGGCGGAGAAGCGCGGCAAGGGCAAGGGCAAGAAGAAGAAGAAGGGCGGUGGGAGCGGCGCCGUUGGGCCGUCGCAGGAGCCCGAGGCGGCGGUGGAGGGUGCAGAGGCGCCAUCAGAGGGUGCCGAGGUGCUGUCGGAGGCAGCCACAGCCGAGGCCGCAAAGAAGGCCGAGGAGGCGAGAUUGAUCAGGCUUCUCGAAAGUUGUCACGAGGAGAGGAUCCGGCUCGGCAUCACGGCGGAGAGCCAGGCAGCGGCUUUAGCUGAGAUGGCGGCUCCCGUGGUGUACCUGUGUUAG